CAACCCGUUUGCCCGCUAAACGGGCUGGGUAUAGAAGAAGCGGCUUAACUUAUUAACGAGCCAGGCUAACGGAGAUAGAAAGAGGACAAAUUCUUUAGAGAAAUCAGAAAAACAUGAAAGUGAGGAAUUCAGCUUAGCAACAAUGGCUGAGCCUGAUUUCCUACUUCUAAUGGAAAACUAACUAUCCACGCUUUCAAUGGCGAAGAAGAAAUCAAACGGCCGCUCUCUAUUUACUUCUUCCUAAGUCUUGCAACAAAUUUAGGUUUUCUUCUGUAUUUUUUUUUUCCAUUUCAUUAUAAUGGCAUUUUUUUCACAUCCUAAUUUCUUUUCUUCUAUAUUCAGGCAAAAACUAAAAUCCCCACUAUAUUUGUUCAUUAAUCGAAUGAAUUUUUCAACUGCAAAACAAUUAUAUACCCAUUUCCUAAAUCACCCCAAAAACCCUGAAAAAACAUUAGCUAGUAUUGUUCCUCAAUUGAAUUUGAAUGCACCAUUUGUUAGUGAGGUUUUGCAUAAAUUUUCCCCAAAUCAUCCUCAAUUGGGUCUUCGUUUCUUCAUCUGGGCUGGUCUUCAGCCCAAGUAUAGGCACUCUCAAUAUAUGUAUGGUUUAGCUUGUAAGUUGCUUGGAAUUCGUCGAAAUCCGGUAAGGAUUAAAGAGAUUGUUGAGUGUUAUAAGAUUGAAGGCUGUCCAACUAAUUUGAAAUUGUUUAAAAUUAUUCUAAAUUUGUGUAGACAAGCUAGGAUUGCUGAUGAGGGUUUAUCGGUAUUAAGAUACAUGGAUGAUUUUAGGUGUAGGCCGGAUUCAACUAUGUAUAAUGUGGUUAUUGGAUUGUUUUGUGAACGGGAAGAUCUUGAUGUAGCAAUGGGGUUGAUGAGAGAGAUGGAAUCAUUUGAUCUUUGCCCUGAUAUGGUUACUUAUAUGUCAGUACUUAAGGGUCUUUGCUAUGGUGGUAGAUUGGAGGAUGCUUGUCAGUUGCUUAAGGCUAUGAAGAUUCAUGGAUGUGCUCCAAAUUCAGUAAUAUACUCUGCUCUUCUCGAUGGGCUUUGUAGGGUUGGUAGUUUUGAAAAAGCUUUUGAGCUGUUAGCAGAGAUGGAGAAGGAGGGCGGGGAGUGUACACCCAAUGUCAUUACAUAUACAUCAGUAAUUCAGAGCUUGUGUGAUAAUGGUAAGUCAAUCAAAGCAUUGUCGAUAUUGGAGCGUAUGGAGGGCUUUAAGUGUCAUCCUAAUAGGAUAACAAUGGUUGUGGUGGUCCAAGGACUUUGUGUUGAAGGGUACAUAGACAAGGCUUUUGAACUGGUCCGCAAUGUGAUUAGUGGUGGUCAUGUUUCGAGCAGUGACUGCUAUAGUUCUCUAGUGAUUUCUAUGAUGAUGAUCAAAAGACUUGAGGAGGCACAAAAGCUUUUUAGGUGGAUGCUAGAUAAUGAUGUGAGGCCUGAUGGGUUGGCUUGUAGCAUUUUGAUUAAGGCGAUGUGUCUGAAAGAAAGAUUUGUUGAUGCAUUUAACCUAUAUGAAGUUGUUGAAAAGAAGGGCUUCGUAUCGACAAUUGAUUCUGAUAUAUUUUCAACUCUACUUGUUGGCCUUUGCCAACAAAAACACGCAGCAGAGGUGACGAAGCUUGGUCGUUUAAUGGUUAAUAAAAAGAUUAAAAUAGAUCCUUCUUACAUUGAUGAUAUUCAUAAACAUCUAGAAGGAUCAAUUGAGAUGGAGUCUCUUUCGCUAUUGUGUAAGGUGAAAAGUUAAAGUUGAACUACAUAGUGUUUUGUUAGAGUGGUAUUGGUUGAAUUAUCUGGUUAGAUGUGUUAAUCAACUGAUGUAGAGUUUUUGUGUUGAUAUAUAUUAAAUUAUCUUGAUGAAGUUGAUGAGCAAUGGAAGAAAGUAGCAAUAUCAAUUGAGAAUUAGAAGCUGGUAUAGUGACAUUAUAGAUAGAUUUACAGCCAUUUGAGAAAUUUGAUUAGCUCUGAAGGAUUUAAGAAGCUCAACUUGUGCCACACACUCUGCUAUCUCUAUUUGUGUAGAAUUUUGAUUCCCGUUUUCAUUCUCUCUUCUACAAGAUACAUGUUACCAGAAUUACAAUGUCAUCACCAACAUUGCAUGGUAUCCCUAUUUGAGCGAAUCAGCUUAUCAAAUAUUUUCAUCUUUGUUUCUUUGAAGCAAGUGGAAUCAUUGCACGUCUUUAACUUCAGGUAAAUAUUGUUUAGGCUUAGAAGGGAGCUAUUUAAAAAGAUCAACAUGGUGAAAUAAAUGGUUUAGUUCACUGUAGUUCGACUUUUGAAUGUUACUUUUUUUGGGUUGGAUCAGAGUCUUAUAUAACGACAGCAAGUCGAGGUGCUGGAUAUUCUAUUUCUUUUUGCAGAUGCAGAAACUAUAGAAAUACUACAUUGCUCAUACCGUUACGUAUUCUCAAGGAGUUCAGUAGAUUAUCAUUGUUCCAGCUUUUUAACAUAAGACAAUAUACCAAGCUUUUCUGCAAAGAAUCACAGUGCAAAACAAGGUCGCAUCACCAUACCCUAAAGGUUUUGGAGUUUAUUACGACUAAAAUACAGGUCAAGACAACUGCAAUACCAUUCGUAUUAAUGGCAAAUCGUUUUGUUUACCGCUACCAGGACCGAAACCGUAUGUUGGGAUGCUCCCUGUCAGGUUUGAGCUGUGCAUAUUCUCCUAAUCUGUGGAUGACUAUGUACUUUUAUUGAAACAUGGAACAGUAAAUAACGUGUCUUGAUUUUGACUGCAACAUGCUCCAGUUUUUCCGCUAUUGGUGGGUUCGAAUGAUGGUGAUUCGAGGCCAUUAAUCAAAUAUUAUGAUUGUUUGUGAUUUAGGAUAAAAAGAUCCAUGCCCCCCUAUUGUCGAGAUGCAUCCUUGCUGUUUAGAAAAUCUAUGAAUGCUAGUGAUGUUAUUGAAAAAAAAGAUGAUCAAUGUAUUGCAACUCUUUCUUUGAUGCUAUUGAAAAAGUUUGGCAAAUACAAGGUUGCUACUUAAUGCUUA